CUCCCAGUGAAAAGACUGAAAAAUAUCAGAUAUCUUGUUUCCUUUCUCUUGUUUCCACGCCGGAUCAGUUGAUUAUAUUCUUGCAAAAUGCCAAAGUCGAAGAGAUCUAAGCUUAUCACCUUAACGAAGACGCAGAAGAAGGGUCGUGAGGGAAAGGAGACUCUGUUUUCUCAGAUCCGUGAUUGUCUGGAGGUCUACAAAUUUGUCUGGGUUUUCGAUGUCGCCAACAUGCGAAAUUCGUUCCUCAAAGAUGUCCGUCGUCAGUGGGCUGGCAGCAGAUUACUCUUUGGACGGACAAAGGUUAUGGCCAAGGCUCUUGGCCUGACUCGCGAGGAGGAGGCCAGAGACGGCUUGAGCAAACUGGCAAGACACGUCAAGGGCUCCGUCGGUCUGCUGAUGACAAACGAGUCUCCCGAGAGCGUCCAGGUGUUCUUUGACGAGUACACACAGAACGAUUUCCCGCGCGCCGGACAGACCGCUACUGUGGACUUUACUCUCCCCGCUGGAAUAAUAUACUCGCGCGGCGGCCAGAUUGCUGCCGAAGACGACUUGCCUUUACCUCACUCGCUCGAGAGCACGCUCCGUGUGCAGCUAGGUGUGCCUACUACUCUGAAAAACGGCAAGGUCACGAUCGAGAACGAGUUCGUCGUGUGCAGAGAAGGCGAUCUCUUGGAUGCCAAGCAGACUCGCUUGCUGAAGCUGUUUGGCCUCGCGUGCUCUGAGUUCAAAGUCCGGUUGGUCGCGUACUGGGAAGAUGGCGUUGUUCAUGAGAUCGAUACCACCGAGAGUGUCGGUCAGGACAGAGAUGUGGACCUUGACGAUGCCUCGGGCGACGACGAGUAGCUUACUUGAGCAUCUGCGCAGUUUUCUUCUAUUCCUCCAUUAAAGUCUCGAUUUGAUAUUAUAAAAGUUUUCGGUUGGGCUGGUUGCUUCCUGUUUUUGGCCAUGUGUUGUCUGGGUAUUUUGUGUACUUUACUAGUUCUAGUUUACAU